AUGGGCGUUGGUAAUCGACUAGAUCGAGGACGAGACCGGGAAAGAGAACAUCAAGCAAGCUACUCUCGCCGCUCACGCCAGGAGGAAGGUGGCGCUAGUGGAGAGGUUGGGAAGGAGUUUGCAAGUCGAUAUGGGGGACUCUUUUCAGAGAAGGACUGGAAAUGUCCCAUCUGUUCGAAUAUUAACUGGGCACGUCGAGUGGAGUGUAAUCAGUGCAAAACACCAAAGCCUGGUUUAGAGAGCACUUUAGGUUCGCGUGAUGGUCGUGGAGGUGGUUACUUAGAACGUGAUGAGGUAAUAGAGUAUCGUAAAACCAGAGAAACGGAAAAGGACGAGGAAUGGGAUGAAUUUGGGAGGAAACGGAAGAAAAGGAAACAGGGAACAGAUGAUAGGGCAUAUGAUUACGAGGAACAACAAUCAAAGAAUCAUCGUCCCAUUAUAAAUAAUAACAUGAGCGACUUGGACGAGGAGGAAGAUGAAGGUGAUGACGAUGAUCGCUGGGCAGCAUGGGAUGAUAUUAUUGGUACGGAUGAUAAUAGAGAGAUGACCAAUGGAGAAUCUUUAAAGACUAGCAAUGAAGAAUCGAGGAUAGAUCGUCACCGUGGUUUGCGGAAACGUUCGUCAAGGUCUCGCUCACCGCGUCGUCGUGAGCGAUCCGUUUCAAUAGACAGGCAGACAAGAAGAAGCAGAUCAUAUUGUAGAGGAGAAGAAGUAGAUCUUCAUCGAGAGAUAGAAGAAGAAGUAGAUCGCUGUCAAGAGACAGGAGAAGUAGAUCGUCAUCGAGAGACAGGAGGAGAAGCAGAUCAUCGUCGAGAGAUAGGAGGAGAAGUAGAUCGUCGUCGAGAAGUCGAAGGUGGAGAAAAAGAUCAUAUAGUUAAAUUCAAACAAUAUUAA